UUCCACCAAGGACGAGUCGCAGAUUCUGCGCUUCUGCGCUUCCAUGCAGGGCAGCCAAUUUCUGUUUGCACUUCCCUCGCGGCCUGACGGGGUUCUGAUGCAAGGGAGGCCCCAACGUCCCAUUCCUGGGGCUUUCCUCGCUUCCCCCCUCCCUGCCUCCUAGCGCCCCAUCCAUCAAAUGUCUUGGCACUGAAAUACCAUGCCCUCCCCCCAGACCAGACCAACCGACUGCUCUUAGUCCCCCAGCUUCCUCUUUUGACCCCCCAAGCCAGACGACCAAGCAAUACAUACUAUCUAGUAGUCGAGCCAACUCCGUCUCCUCGACCUUCGUUCCUGCAAGAAAAAAAGCCAAGGAUCGACGGGGCCGCCGCCUGUUCUUUGUCCCACCCUCCCUCUUUUUCUCAUUCAUUUCCCCCCCUUUUGAAAUACAAUCCUCAGCUUCACCCCUCUUCUUGCCAGAGAAGGGCUGCAGCCACCGACGCCUUUACCGACGCCAAGCCCAACGGCCCACGCCAUUUUGGCUGCUUCUGGGUGCUGCACAGCCGCUAGAAAUGUUUGUCUAACGAUACGCAGCGCUAUGAUUAGAGCAUGUCCCUCGCCGAUAUCAGCAACGUUGUUCUCCUACUUAGCAACCCGGCCUGGUAUGGCCACAGCUCCGCGCAGAGCACUGUAGUCCAGAACAUCACCGCCUCGUCGAACCGUCUGGCCUACUCGUCCCACUUCUCUCAUCAGCAGGUGACCACCCUCGCCGCCGAGUACAUCAGUUCGUCCCAGGACAUACAGGGCCUGCUAUAUGUCCCUGACCUUGGUUCCGGUGACCCCUGUCGGGAUAUCGUCCGGCCCUACCUUCCCGCCCUCGCGGCUCGCAGGGCUGAUCUCCCCCCGGCCUUCAUUAACCUCAUCGGACUGGCCCCAUGGGUCACACCCCAGUGCACCCAGUCCUUCCUCGCAUCCGCCCGGAAGGAUCCUAUCAGAGCCUUCAUCUUUUACCACCCAGGACCCAAUAAUACGUUGACGCCUCCGCCGGCUUCUUCGGCGGCGUGGGACCUGGAAGAUGAUGACGCCUGGCGUGUCGAUAACCGCUUUCCAAUCGUUGCCGUUCCUGGCAGCGUUGGCGCCGAGAUGAUGAAUCAACUGAGCCUCUACAGCGGCAACAUGACCACGGUCCCUUUUGGCCAGAUGAUCUCGGAUCUUUACGACCCUAGUGAGGAGGAUUACCUACGCAUCUGGACCCAGGUCAACAUCACCAAGGACAGGAAGCUCAACAGCAUGUGGAUCUUGAUCCCGGUCGUCCUCGGACUUUUACUGAGUGCCUUUAUCGGCACGUCUCUUACUAUGCAUCUAAUCCAGCGCCGUCGCCGCGCAUCCCUUCGCCGCCGUGUCCAGAACGGCGAGGUUAAUCUGGAGUCCCUCGGUAUCACCCGCCUGACUGUGCCGAUCCACCACAUCCAGACCUUCCCACUCUUUACGUAUAGCUUCAGGCCCGAUUGUUCAAUCGAGAUGCCCGCAACUCCGGACCGGGCCAAGCUGGAGCCGAUAUCGCCAGUGUCACCAACGACGGGAAUGAGCGAUGAAAAGAGCAGCAGCGGCAGAAGCACAAGGCCCAACGGAAAUUUCUCAAGCCUCGACUAUCAACCCAAGUGUUACAUAUGCCUCGUCGAAUAUGUGGACCGCCAGACGGUGAUCCGGGAGCUCCCCUGCGGACACAUCUUCCACCCGGACUGCAUAGACGAGCUUCUCUCCCGCGUGAGCUCCCUGUGCCCGCUCUGCAAGGCGUCGAUGCUGCCGCCCGGGUACAGCCCGCGCAUUACCAACCAGAUGGUGCGGCGCGAGAUGUCGACCCGCCGGCUGCGCAGCAGCAUAGACGCCGGCGCCGCGGGCCGCGCUCGCGCCCCGUCCGCGCGGGGGCUGAAGCGGGCGAGGCUGCUGGGGUGGUUGAGCGGCGUCGUGGACCGCGUCGCUCCCCCGAGUAGUACCAGUACCGCUGCGCCCGCCGUUGUCGCGCAGGCGCCGGCGCCGGCGCCGCUGCCUUCGGUCGUGGUGCCGGCGCCGCCAAGGCAGGUCUACACCCCGAUGGCGGCGGCGGAGCCAGAACUCGUCGCCCGGGGCGAGCGACUGCCUCCGAGCUACGAGCCGCAGACGCCCGUCGCCGGCAGCUCCGUGAUGCAUGGGUCUCGCCACGGGGAUAUGUCGCCGCUCAUCCGGCAGGAAAUGAGCCUGGGCCCGGGCCGUGGGAGCCCCCGGGGGGAUGCCCUCCCGGCCUCAUAGACGAGAGCUGCUGUUUAGUCGAAGUUUGCCCUUCCGAUGAUAGCGGACCUGUUUUUCUUAUUCACCUGUACAUUUUUUUCUCUUCCUUUUUUCUUUUUACACCACGGCGGUGGUGGAAUUUUUUGGACUAUUUAGCAAUGAAACGUAUACCCCAAUGGCGACUUAUCGGCGCUAUUUCUUUUCCGACGGCGUUUUUCUCUCGUUUGUAUUUACUUUUCGGAUACGGGUUUGGGACUUGCCGAGAAGCAUGUACCCACUAGCUAGGUUAGGAUCGCGGACUGCAAACCUGAUACGAAGGGCUACCUCCCUCAUGCCUACCACCCUCAUGCCUACCACCUACAUGGACACGUUGGCAUGCACGUUUCCGACGGCGAC